AACAAAGAUACUACACUGAACCAAACCCCCUCCUCUCUCUCUCUCUCUCUCUCUCUCUCUCUCUCUCUCUCUCCAGAAAGCUAACCCACAAUCUUUUUCCCAUUCCAAGACUAGGGUUUCUUUCAAACUUUAACCUUUGACCGUACAGUGUCCUUCAUUUGAUUACCUUCCCAAUCAUACCAUAUGCAACUGGAACAAAAAAAAAAAAAAAAAUGAAGUCUUUAUGCAUCUUCUUGAUCACAUUGUUCUCGAUUUGGGUAUCACACAGCUGCAAUGCCCGUGUCUUCACCUUGGAAAUGCACCACCGUUUCUCUGAACCGGUCAAGAAAUGGUGGGAGACCACCGGCAAUUACUUUCCGGCCGGCAAUUGGCCGGAAAAGGGUAGCAUUGAGUACUACGCCCAGUUGGCCCAUCACGACCGGCUCCGGCGAGGCCGGAGAAUGUCGGAAUCGGAUUCGUCUGUGACCUUCUCCGAGGGCAACUCCACUUUUCGCAUCAGCUCUUUGGGAUUUUUGCAUUACGUGACUGUUACGUUGGGGACGCCUGGUAUGAAGUUUCUGGUGGCGCUUGACACGGGGAGUGACCUGUUUUGGGUGCCCUGUGAUUGUAGUAAAUGUGCUUCCAUUGAAGGCAAGCAUUAUAGCUCCGAUUUUGAGCUUAGCAUAUACAACCCUAAAGAGUCAUCCACAAGCAAAAAUGUCUCUUGCAACAACAGUUUAUGUGCACACCCUACUAGAUGCCUUGGAACCUUCAACCAUUGCCCUUACAUAGUGUCCUAUGUCUCAUCUGAAACUUCAACUUCGGGGAUUUUGGUGGAAGAUGUUCUGCACUUGAAGACAGAAGACAGGGACCAAGAAUUUGUCGAGGCGUAUAUCACGUUCGGUUGUUUCUGCAGCUGUGGGCAGAUUCAAACUGGUUCAUUUCUAGAUGUUGCAGCUCCAAAUGGUUUGUUUGGGCUUGGAUUGGAUAAGAUAUCAGUUCCAAGCAUUUUAUCCAGUGAAGGUUAUACAUCAGAUUCUUUCUCCAUGUGUUUCGGGCAAGAUGGAACUGGAAGGAUUAGUUUUGGAGAUAAGGGUAGCGCUGAACAGGAAGAGACCCCAUUCAAUCUUGACCCAUUACAUCAGACGUAUAAUAUAACUGUAUCUCAAGCACGUGUGGGAACUACUCUUGUUGACUUGGAUUUGACAGCUCUCUUCGAUUCUGGGACCUCUUUCACGUACCUGGUUGACCCAGCCUAUUCUUGGUUCUCAGAAAGUUUCCACUCACAAGUAAAAGAUAGGAGGCGUCCGCCCAAUCCAAGGAUUCCUUUUGAAUAUUGUUACGACAUGAGCCCAGAUUCAAACACCAGUUUGAUACCGACUGUAAGUCUUACUAUGAAAGGGGGAGGCCAACUUGCUAUCUAUGAUCCCGUAAUAGUCAUCUCCACUCAGCAUGAACUUAUAUAUUGUCUGGCUUUUGUCAAGAGUGCAGAACUCAACAUAAUUGGACAAAACUUUAUGACUGGAUACCGCAUUGUAUUUGACAAAGAGAAACUCAUUCUUGGCUGGAAGAAGUCCAAUUGCUAUGACAUUGAGGACACUGAUACAAUUCUGGCGAGGUCGCACAACUCUACCACUGCACCUCCAGCUGUUGCAGCUGGACUAGGUAAUUCCCAGAUUCCAAAACCAGCAACAAAUUCAAGGAAUAAUUCGCACAAUUCGGUUGCUUCUGACCUGACUUAUUCCUUUUCAUUUUUCUUCAUACUUUUUUUAGUUUUGUAGCUAAUAUAGAAACCUCAUUUUGCCACACCAGUUUCAGUUACAUGUAGCACGGGCUUGUAGCCUAUGUUGUGCUUAAAUAGUGAUGAAAAUCCCACCAUACCACUUCCAGGUGUGCUAGAAUUUUGAUAGUUUUUGUUCAUAUCCCUAAUGCACAUGGGCAAGCCAGAAAUGUUUUUGCUGCUGGCUGUGGUUUUGUCAAGGCAUUCACACGAUUAUACAGCAAAUGAAGGGUUCGUAUCAAUUUUUUUAACUUGUUA